AUGGGAAACUGUGUGAGCAGCAAUUGUUUAUGUGGAAAACCAACAAGAAUACUUAGCGAUGAGGAAGCUCUAGAGAUGAUGAAGAGAAGAAUUAUGGCUUACGAUGAGACUCCGAGAUCUUCGAAGGCGGCAACAACAACAGAGGUGAAGAUCAAGAUCACAAAAAAAGAACUAGAGAUGUUACUAGGUAAUUAUACGGUGGUGGAGGUGAAGGACGAGCUGCCCUCGGCACAUUUCUUUUCGCAGCCAAUCGUCGAAUUGCAGCCAAUCGACAUCGACGAUGCCUUCGAGAUGCAGCCACGAUCAUGGCGGCCUUCCCUGCAGAGUAUCCCUGAGAUGGAUUGA